AUGUUGACAGUCCCCCAACCAAUUCAAAGGAUAUUUGACUCGGUACCAUUAAAAGUGUAUAGCGAUCAACAGGAGAGUGUUUUACCAGAGAAGCUUUAUCUGUUUCCUAAUGCUCCAUCGGAUCCACUCAUACUUGGCGUGUACAACACUUUUGAAUAUGACAAGUUUGUAUUGCCAACAGAUCCAGUUUCACUAUACACAUUGCUAAUACUAGCCAAGAAAAACGACUUUGGAUUACCUGAACUGACGAGUAAUAGCAAUUGCGGGAUAACUCGAAUCCCAUUCCGAGGAUCUCCUUCAAAUUCACUUCCAAUUUUGAUCAGUGACGGUACUGUGAGAGCGAUUGAGAGUUCAGAACAGAUUGAGAAGAAGAUCGCAUCAAAGAAUAUACAGUCAGCAAAGGUGCUUAUGAUAAAAGAAUUUGUUGAUACUGUUCUUUUUGAUUCAUGGAUAGCUUGCUUGUUAGCGGAAAAGAUACAGCCACAAACGUUUUACCAACUUUUCGGCAUCAACAACAAAUUGGAUGUAUACGAAUUGAAAAUGCAGAUACCUAAGUGGAACAACUUUUCUAUCAGGCAUGCAUCACUUUUUAGUCACCACUAUAAUAACCAAUAUUUGCAAGCUUUUUACACCUCCCAAUGUGAUGAAUUUGAGAAAGCUAUAGAGCUGUUGAAACAGUAUUUGCAGAGCCCUGAUCCAGAGACGACAGUCAUUAAAUACAAAGUAGCAGCUUAUGCUAUUAUCAUUGAUCAUUUCUUGAAAGAUACACAGGUUGGUCAGAUAAUGAGUCGAUACCCGGAAGUUGUCACCACAUCGUACGCAGUUUUGAGUAGCUAA